GAGAGAGGCAGAAAAAAGGGUAAUAAUUUUCUCAGCCGUGUCUGUGGUGGGAUGGAGAUGGUGAGGGAACCUGACCAGAGUGAACUACUCUCACGCGACAGAGCCGGGGAGAUUUAGUCGUCUCGCGAUAUUCACCCAACACGGAGGAUCUCUUGGGAAGGAGAGACUUCAGCACAUCAGUACACAGUUUAAAGAGGGGGUGGCAAAAUGACUCUGGGUGGAAAAGCUCGUCAGUUUAUAGCGGCAUCGAGUGCUAACUUAGCCACGAUGAUGUAUGGCAUCUCCGUGGGGUGGGUCUCACCCUCCAUUCCCUUGCUCAUGUCCGACGACACCCCGCUGCCCUCGGGGCCGCUGUCCAGGCGCGAGGCGUCGCUCACCAGCGCGCUCCUGUACAUGGCCGGCAUGGUGGGAUCGUUGUCCUUCGGCUGGCUGGCGGAUCGCAUCGGACGCAAGUGGGCCCUCUUCCUCGGCACCUGUCCACACAUCAUCGCCCACCUGCUCAUCAUCUUCGCCCAGGACGUGAACUUCCUCUACGUCUCGCGCGUGUUCAGCGGUCUGGGCUGUGGCGCCCUAUUCGUCGUGCUGCCCAUCUACGUCUCUGAGAUUUCCGAAGACAAGGUGCGCGGAACGUUGGGAGCCAUUUUCUGCAACAUGGUGUCCGUGGGCAUCGUCAUCGGACGCUGUCUCGGCAGCUAUCUGGACUUCUAUGUCGUUCCCUACGUAGUUCUGGGCCUCCUGGCUGUCUUCGUGCUCACCUUUCCCUUCUUCCCCGAGACGCCGCAGUAUCUUCUGCUGAAGCGCCGCGAAUCGAAGGCGGAGAAAUCCCUGAAGCGCUUUCGUGGCGCCAAGAGAGACGCCAAUGGGAAGAUGCCGGAGAAAUUUGAGACGGAAUUCGAGGCACUGAAGAACUCCCCAACCCUGUCAAAUCAAUCAUCGUCCGUGGGAUGGGAUGAUUUCAAACCCGCCACGACGCGCAAAGCGAUCCUCAUCAGCCUCGUCCUGAUCUCUGGGCGCAGCAUCUGCGGCGUCCUGCCGCUGGACAACUACACGGCCAGCGUCUUGAGGGAGUCAGGCUCCACGUGGGACGCCAAUCUGGGCGCCAUCAUUGUGGGUCUCUUCGAGCUCAUCGGCAGCAACUUGGCCAUUGUGUUUGUGGAGCGCUGGGGUCGUCGCAAGAUCCUGAUUGUCUCCAGUCUGGGAUCAGCACUGUGCCUGAGCGUGAUGGGCAUUCUGUUCCUCCUGCGCUCCAUUGGCUUGGACAUGUCAUCCUUCGGCUGGCUCUCCGUGGCAGCUUUCUCAGGCCAGAUGACACUGGCCGCCAUCGGGAUUGUGGCCAUUCCCUUCAGCGUCUCCGCCGAAGUCCUGCCGCCGAAGCUGCGCGGCGUCGUGUGCACGAGCUUCCUCAUGUUCUACUGGAUUCUCACAUUCUUCAUCGUCAACUUCUUCCUGCUCUUCGCCGAGGUGUGCGGAAUGUACACGCCAAUGUGGUGCUUCGCCGGCUGGUGCAUCUUCGAGCUGAUCUUCGUCUACUUCUACCUGCCAGAGACGAAAGGGAAGAACUUCGAGGAGAUCGUCCUGGCUCUCCAGGGAAAACAGCUCUAGUGCAGAGCCACAAUAUCAGCGAAUGUGAAAAAACCCACACAAGAAAAUGCCACAGAGACUUCUUUAGCCAUAAGACAUGUGUUACCUUAUCUCUAGGAGUAAUAAACAGUAAAGACUUCACGUGA